GUCGAGGUGAGAGCCAGAGAGGGGCUGGUGGGCUGGUAGCGGAGGUGAGGCUUAGUGUUGCGUGCAGCGGCGGGUUAUUGCAGAAAGGUCAUGACGGUCAAUGCUGCAUCACUCUGUUUCAGAAAUAAGGUCAUCUUGGCUCCCAUGGUACGAGUUGGAACCCUCCCUAUGCGACUGCUGGCUUUGGAUUAUGGUGCUGAUAUUGUGUACUGUGAGGAGCUGAUUGACCUAAAGAUGCUGCAGUGCAAGAGAGUUGUAAAUGAGGUGCUUGGAACAGUAGACUUUGUGGCUCCUAAUGAGCGAGUCGUGUUCAGGACCUGUGAAAGGGAAAAAGACUGCGUUGUCUUUCAGAUGGGGACAGCAGAUGCUGAGAGAGCCCUGAUAGUAGCCCGACUUGUGGAGAAUGAUGUGGCUGGCAUUGAUGUCAACAUGGGAUGUCCCAAAGAAUAUUCCACUAAGGGAGGUAUGGGAGCAGCACUGCUGUCUGCACCUGACAAAAUAGAAUCCAUUCUGACUACCCUCGUCCAAGGAAUCUGUAAGCCAGUGACCUGCAAAAUCCGUAUCUUGCCAUCGACAGAAGAAACAAUAAGUUUAGUGAAGAAGAUAGAAAAGACUGGAGUUGCUGCCAUCGCUGUUCACGGAAGGAAGAAAGAAGAGAGGCCUCAGCAUCCCGUCCACUGCGAUGUGAUCAAAGCCAUCUCGGAAGCCGUCUCUAUUCCGGUAAUAGCCAAUGGAGGCUCCCAUGACUUCAUCAAAGACUAUUCCGACUUGGCGGCCUUCCAGCAAGCGACAGCGGCAUCCUCCGUGAUGGUGGCUCGAGCGGCAAUGUGGAACCCCUCCAUCUUCCGGAAGGAAGGAUCCCGGCCCCUGAACGACAUCAUACGGGAAUACAUCCAAUACGCAGUGCGGUACGAUAACCACUACACCAACACAAAGUAUUGUUUGUGCCAAAUGUUAAGGGAGCAGCUGGAAAAUGCACAAGGAAAGAAGCUGCACGCGGCACAGUCCGUGCAGGAAAUAUGUGAAAUCUUUGAAAUGAGCAGUUUUUACAAAGAAACGUCAGCUCUCCUAGAAGCCAGAAAGGUUUCAUUAGAAACAAGGGACCAAGACGAAGAUGACCAGAUGGAAGACGCAGAUGUCAUAAAGAUGGCAGUUAAAUUUGACAAGCGAGACUAUCCCCCGCAGAUCACACCCAAAAUGUGUCUCUUAGAAUGGUGCAGGAAAGAAAAACACCUUCAGCCUGUGUAUGAAACGAUUGAAAGACCGCUGGAUAGACUCUUCCGUUCCGUUGUCACCGUAGCCAAUCAAAAGUACAGAUCAACCUUCUGGGAGAAGUCAAAGAAGCUGGCUGAACAAGCAGCCGCCAUUGCCUGCCUAAGGACCCUCGGCUUGCCAGAGGGGAAGCAGAGUGAUGAAGCCGGUCUCCUCGUGAACAAACGCAAGAGGCCUGAUCCAGAACCUUUGCGCAAUGGAGAGCACAGAGACGAGCUUGUGGUGGAGACUGCUUGUAAGAAGCCUCAUUUUGUUCCCGAGGCUUCAGACUCCAGUGUUUCCUAGGCGCCAUUGCAGCAUGAACACGGACGUUGCCCAGCUCCGCAGCCGUGGAUUCCUCUUCUCCCCCACCCCAUCCCCUUUAAUAAUCUCCUAUUUCUCCUGGAUGCUGUUGAUCAGAACUGAUUGAUCUGGAUUUGGAAACCACCCAUCCAUGUACGACACCAUUGGCAUCCCACUGCUUGCUUCUGGUGCCUUUGAACGGGGACAAAUGGGCAACUCUUGGUUUUGUGGGGGGUAAGAGUAGUUCAAUAUUGAAAUCCUCUUUACGGCAGAAGAUGGAUUUGGACGAGCCCGGACGAUUGUGCAGGACUGUUUAACAGCCAUGGUUCAGUUGCAGACUAUAGCAAUGAUCCAGAUACGGAUUUGUGACCAGGGAAGGACGGGACAGUGUGGAACGCAAAUUGCUAGACCUGUUUUUUUUGUGUGUCUUAAUUUUACAGAAUGUAUGUUUUUUUAAAAAACGAUAUGGACCACAUGGGCAGUAUAUGCCUUCUCAUUGUGGUCUUUGCUCUGUGGCUACUAAUUAAAAAAGCAUUACAUCUUGUC